AUAAUCAUUUGGAAUAUCAUCAGUUUCACACAGUACAGCACUCAGUAAACAUUAAAAAAAAGCCCGCAUCUUAAAAAUGGCUUUCAAAGUAGUUAUUAUUUUUGCUCUCUUUGCCGCUGUUGCUAACGCCUCUCAAUUACAUCUUCCAUUGGCUUAUUCCAAUGUUGCAGUUGCCACACCAUUGACUUACGCAGGAUCAGCUAUUGGAUCAACUCAGGAAAAUGUUAUUCGUUCUUUCGGUGGCACUGUCUCACAAUACUCUAAGGCAGUAGAUACACCAUUUUCAAGUGUUCGUAAGACUGACACUCGCAUCAACAACAAUGUUUAUACUCCGGCUUUGGCUAAGACUAUCACUUACGCUGCUCCAGGAGCAGUUUACGCUCACGCAGCUCCACUAGUUACUGCUAGAACAGCCGCUAUUGCUUAUUCACCAGCUGCAACCGUUGCUCAUGUGACUUUUGAUGGAUUCGGAGCACAUUAUGUGUACUAAGAGAUUAUUGUUGAUUAGUCAAAAUUACAAAAGUAAAUGUUUUAAAUGAAAAA